GACUUUAUCUCGACGACAACAUUGAACAGUAUUUACACUUACGAACAUCAACAACUCGAGGUCAGAGUAAAGAGGCUUAUGGCAGAAAUAUUGGGUGGCUUUGUGUCGACGAUCAACGCGUGAAAAACGCGUCGAAUCCAUGCACCAAAGAAGCUAUAGCCUCACCAGAUUCCGGCAACCCACUUCAAAUCUGAUUCAACGAAUAGCCUACCAAUUCUCAACCCCUCCAAAAUACUCCCCAUCAUGGCCCCAGAAGCUUCGACGCAGUAUCCUCUCUACAAUACGACCUUCAGCCUCAAUCGAGUCUCUCCUCUAUACACCAGCACCACCCUCCCUCUCAACAAUACCACUCUCCGCGAUCAUGCACGACAAUUCCGGGACAUACUUGCAGGAGAAGUGCUACGGGGCGUCAGAGUAGGAUUGGUACUUGAAGACGACAUUCUUGCUCGCGUGGGCGCAUUACAGACAGUAACAUGGCAACUCUUACCGGAGGAAGAGGCGUGGUCAAUGGAGGAAUUAGAUUUGGACGAUGAAGACACAACAACUGUCUUGACUUCAAGCAGAGGAAUGAUUGUUACUGUCACAUACGAGAAGAUGGCAUACAAGGCGAUAUUGUUAAAGGAUGAUAGAACAUCCGACGGCGAAACUACGAUUGGAAGCAUUCGAGAAGGAACGGAAGAAUUUCAGCACUUUUCUCUACUUCUGUCCAAGAUGCCAGGACCGCUACGAGAGGCAUUCACAGAUUAUCUUACCUCAACAUUCGAUACGAGGGUCUCGAAUUUGCAUCUAUCCACUUCAUACCUGAACGAAGCCUUUGAGCAUUACAUUUCUGACCUCUCCCACGAUGAGGAAGGGGAAAUAAUGGAUAUCAUUGAGCGGAGUAAAACCUUGAGGUCAGUCGUCAAAGAAACAGUCUUCAUCAUUGGAUUCGACCUCUCAUCAGCGUCGCUGAAGACCAUUGAUAUAUCUAUUGCUCGGGAAGAUUUACCUCGAAUGAUUGCACGAGGAAAGAAACUUAGGGGAGACUCGGAAGGAGACUCGCCUUUCUUCGAUGCUUUGGCUGCUUAUAUCAAAGGACAUAUGGCAUUGGACAUGAGACACGAAGGUGUGAAGGUUAUGAGGAUUGCUUGUGGUCCUUUUGUACUUGGAUCAGAAGGCAAGAUUAAGCUCACUCAGCCUGUAAGCAAUGAGGAUGGGAGCAGUCCUCAAAGUCGGGCUACUCGGAGGCUGAUCAAUGGUUUGGUUGAUCUAGCUGCUGGAAGUGGUCUGAAGGGAGCGACUUGAGGGAGUGGUCUUGCUCAAGACGUUCACUUAUUGUGCAACAAAUCGAAAUUGCGACAUUUUGGGUUGGAAGCUAUGAAGCGAAAAGUUUGGCUAUCAAAUACAGCUACAUCACAACACUCUAAAGCAUGUCAGACAUUCUCCACCUGUUAAGCAGUCCAAAGUAAUGGGACGCCAUGGACGCCAAGGCAAGAAGGAAGAUUCUAUAUCAGAUGGGUGGGCGGGAAGUGAAGGCAUGUGAGC